GAUUUAGUUUGCAAACGAGCCCAGAUGUUUCUUCGAAAGUGGCAGUAGAAUGUGUUGUUCUUCAGGACAUUUAGCGCUCGAGUCCGCUUAAAAAGUUACAAUUUUAAAUAUGGUUCCACAUCGUUCUAUUCCCAUUCACUGGAAACAUUGUAGCAAAGCAAGAAACAACGAAGAGGAUUUGUAUGUGCGUGGGACCAAGAAAAUGCUGGACAUACAAACAUAUAAUCCUUCACACUGAAACAGUGCCUAACUGCAUGUCCCUUCAAAACCCCUGUGAAUGCAGAGGAAAGCAGCUGGGAACUGACCUGGGCACAAGGAAUGGUCUUUCAACAUCUGGAUUAAAUCAAUUCAGCCAGCUUCAGUAUUGUAGUCAAAGCAGAAGAUGGAAAUGGCUGUUUGGCCUAAGCCAAAACUAACAGGCUUCUCACCAAGACCAGGUCCAAGGAGAACAGACCACCCAACACCACUGAGCCCAGACAUAAAACUGAAAGUUCGGCAAAGACUUCAUUCUCCUGGAAUCCUCAAUCCUCUUAGCAAAUCCAACAGCCACUAUCAGCUGUGGCUAGAGUGUAGAGGGGAGCAGGAUCAUCCCCAUCAGAAUCAAACCUGGAUAGCUGAGGCACCUCCUUCUUGCCGUUCCACGGUCACCGAUGCCAUUGCUUCCUUGUACCCUCUGUCUUUACCCAAGCCUUCAAGAAUGGGCAGUAACACUUACGUGCAUUUUCUUUCACAAAAAUGCCCACCACUCUCCAACUUGCCUGUUCAAACCUGUGUCAGCCCUGGUAGGAGAGCAUUUGCAGUCAGUGGCUCCACUUCAGAAAGAAAAGAGUGGCAGCAGCUUAGAGUCAGAAGUGAGGCUCGAGCACCUCCACUGGAUGAUGAGGGCAACAUACUCCCUCCAGAGAAUUUUAAAAGGCACUACACAAACAGAAAAAUGAAGGAUUUUCACAGCCCCGGGAUAGAGACCAGGAUGACCCCGGCCCUGGGUUCACCUCCUUCUACUGGAUCUGGGUUCCCGACUCGAAUGAGUGUAAUGUGUCUUGCAAGAAACAGUCCUGUCUAUGAGCAGCUGAUUAACAGUCACUGGUAUACACUGAUACAGCAGCGCUCUCCUUACUUGCAUGAAGGAUAAAAGUGAACACAAUCUGUCAUCUGUCUAAUGAUGAUCUUUUGACUGUUCCAAAUAAGUUAAAUCUAAAUCCGUGACAACAUUUGGCCUUGAAGAGGUAUCAUAAUACUGGAAAAUUGAUUCCUUCUGUGGUAAGUAUGCUAGCACAAUGAUCGGUGCUAGUCUGCCACCUCUUUCUCUGGGCAUCUGAGUUGUCAUGUCUUCACUUGUCACUAUGCCUUCCAUAGUACCUGCAUCUCUAACAAUAAACUAAUAAUAAUUCAUUACAUUUAUAUAGCAGUUCUCUAAAUUCUCAAAAGUGCUACCACACAGGGAGGACCCAAACCCAUGAUCUCCUUACUGCGAGGCAGUAGCACUACCACCGUGCCUCUGGGUACUCAAAUAUCCACCUGUAUCUCAAAGCCAUUAAUCUUAAGUUGCUUAAAAAUUGGCCCUGGAUGAAUUACUGUGUAUGUAUUGUGUGAAUAUGUGCUGUGAUGGUUCACAGCAUAAUUUCUGGGACCACCAGAAUCCUGCAUUGAAAAAACAUUUUCAGAAACUGAACAAAUGGAUGACUUCUGUAUUAAAUGCUCAGCAAAUUUGUUCCAUGUUUAAAUGACAACAUUUUGAUGUCUGAACAGCUAUUACUUGUUGACAGAGCAGAGGAAAGCAAAUGUUUGAAGAAGGUCCUGCAUCUCCUGACUAGGAACUGUGACAGCAGCUUGGUCCAACUUUAAUAAUGUUUGUUUCUAAGCACUCUGAACUUACAGAAGGGUCUAAUAUUUGUACUAGUUACUUCACUUAGAUAACCAAGUUUUUAUUGAAAUUUGUUACUUAAUGUUGACAUAUUGAAUCAAUAUUAUUAAUUAUUAACAUAGUAAUUGACAUUUUUAGUUUAUUUGCUUCCGUGGCUUUUACACAAUGUGAAAAAAAAUCUCCACGUUAUUCUUCAAAACUAAAAUAUGUUACAACAAAAGUGGCUUGGUCACUAGUUGUUUUUACAUUUCCUCCCUAUUGGUAAGGAUUUUCUUUAGCUUGUGUAGUUUUUUUCACUCAACAUAAAGGUUUCUUGAUAAUUGGCAACUCAAACAUGGCCAAUGUACUUUGGGAUAACCUGGCAUCCUAUCCCGAGUUGGUUCUACGUAUUAAUCUAAUUCUGCUGAAUGGAAAAGGCUCCAGCUCACAGUGUCUUUAGAACAGAAGAAGCAAGUUAAGAAACUGAAUGGAUGAAAACAUGUCCAUUUCUGGAACCCAUUUUUCAAUUCUGGGGACAAAGACAGUUUCAGGUUAUCCAAGAAGCACUGGGCCUAAGUUAGGAAUCAACAGUAGAGGGAACAAUCAUCUAUCAUAGGUUAAACUCACUUAUAAAAUCACACUUACUCAUUUUGGACAUGGAGUCAACCAUGCAUGCCUUUAGGAAGUGGCUGGAAAAUGUGUUACUGUUAUGCGUAACAAGCAAACUGCACACAGAUAGUGAUUAGGCCACAAGUUUAACCCAAUUUUACUAUGCUACCAUAAUACCAAAACUGUACUAUAAUUUAAUAAAAUAAAGCAUAUUGAGCAUCUUUCAUUUAA